AGCACCGCGCUCUGCGUUCACAUGGAGCCCGGCGAGGCAGAGAAAAGCACACAGCCCGCUGCUAGUGCUGACAGCCGGGCAGCCAACAACCAGCCCGGCCGGCAGGAACGGCCAAUGGCGGAUGGGGCGCGGCUACAAGAACGCCGGGCGGCGGCACAGGAGCCCCGCUGGCGGUGCCGAGGCCGAGGCGGAGCAGGGGCGGAGCGGCGGCGCGGCGGCGUCAUGGCGGAGAAGGGGCGGAGCGCUGCGCGGAGGCUGCUGGAGCUGCAGGAGCGGCUGCGCUCUGCGCAGCAGCCCGCGGAGAUUAUAAAAACACUUAAGGUACUACAAAGUUUGGAUUUAUCACUGGAUAUUUUAGUGGAAACUGGCAUAGACAAAACAGUUAAAAGUUUUAGGGAACAUGCCAAUGCUGGGAAUGUAGCUAAAAGUCUGUUAAAACAAUGGAAAAAGCUUAUUUCUCCAGAAAGUAAAAGGGGAAGAAAAAAUAAUGAAAAAGAAAAACAUGAGAUGAAAUCUUCUGUUUCCAAGGAGAUUAAUCCUUCAGAGAAACCUGAAACAUCUGUACUGGCUUUUAGAAGUUCCAGCAGUGCUCCCAUUGCUACAAAGCUUAAUAAGGAGCAUAUUUGUUGUGAAAAGACUCAUCAAAGUACUAAUUCUGAGUCUCCAAAAGAAUGUGAUAAUAAAGUAUCUAGCUGCAGUGGUUCUAUGCAUGCUUCCCAGGGUACCAAUUCUCAGGCUGAAGAAAGUGACUUCAAAGAGAGCACCUCCACAGAGAGCAAGAAAAUUUCAAAAAAGCAGCAUUCCUCUGCAGCCAAUGAAGGCUUAUUUCCCCUGAAAGAAAAACCUAGUAAGGGUGCUUCCAAACAGAGAAAUCCUAAACGUGUGAAGAAACCAAAACAAAAUCUUGUCAUGAAAGACCAAGCCAAAUCAUCUAGUGAUGAGGAAUUUGAACCUCCUACUAUGUCUUUUGAAUCUUAUCUUACUUAUGAUGAGAAUACCAACAAAAGAAAGAGAAAAGCUCGUUCAACAGGUGCACGGCCAAAAAAGUGCAGUGAAGAGAAGAACAGCUCAUUACUACAAAAGACUUCAAAACUUUCUCAGGCAAAAGAGGGAGUUAAAGAUGUAAAAAAAUGUGAGAGUGAUCAAUCAGAAACUCCCAGUAAAAAGGCCAAAGUGGCAUCCCUCCAAGAGCUUCUUAAUACUCCUCUACCUAAAACUCUGCCAGGCAUCUCAGAAUCAUCUCCCCAGUAUGCUGCAGACUUUACAGCAUCUGCAGUACCUGUUGUAGAAGCACCCCAGCAAGUUAAUGAGAUAGUUCAAUUCCCAGGACAGAGACUGAGCUCUAAAAUGCAGGUGUACUCUGGCUCCAAGGCAGUCUGCCUUUCGAAGAUGCUUACACUGUAUGAGCAGUGUGUCCGCAUGCUUCAUAACAAUAUUGAGUUGCUACAAGAAGCAGGAGGUGUGCCCUUUGAAAUUCUUGAGCCUGUGCUAACACGUUGCACACCAGAGCAGUUGUUCCGAAUAGAGAAAUGUAAUCUGAUGUUUAUAAAAGAGACUGAUCACUUGUGGAAAAAACACUGCCAAAGAGACUUUAAAAAUGAGAGCCUCCUAGAAUAUGAGUCUUGGCGUGAAAUGUACUGGAGACUGUUUAAUCAGAGAGAAGAAAAACUGAAGAUCCUUGCAAAAAAUAUUCUUUCAGCUCAGUCUGAGAAACCAAAAGGCAGGCAAGCAAAAAUGGCUUAUGUGACUGGUGCAGCAAAACCACCCAGGAACAUUUGCCGACAGCAGGAAAUUCAUGGGACAGCAGGACCUGUCAUCCAGCUUCAUCCCACAGUGAAGUGCAAAAUUGGAAUUCCAGAAAUGAGUGACAGAAAAAAUAUAUUAUCAAAUCUGAUACAUGCUGGCAACAGCAGAAGUUCUAGCUCAGGUGUCAUGAUUGAAGAUGGAAAGAAGCCUACCAAAAAAAUAGCACCAAUCAUGAAGAAAACUUUGAAAGCGCUGAGGAGCAGAGUUGGACGACGAUAAAAUUAGGCUGUGUAUUUGAAGCUUAUUUGAUGUGACCGUGUGUAUAUUAUGCUACAGUGAAUGAACAUAAUGUCCAUGUAAGCACUGUUCAAUUUGCUUUAGUUAAAAUAGUUCUGAAAAAUUGCAUGGGUGAAUAAUUAGCAAUAAAUACUGAAACCUCCAA